CUCUUUAAGCCCUGGCACGGACACACAGAGCCAGCAUUCAUUCUCGGGCUGCGAGCGAGGGGGCUGGGAAGCGAGCGUCACUCUGGAGACUCGGGAACUCACGGAUCCUCGUGCUAAACCGGCGACCUCCUUUUCUCAUUCCCGAAGUCCUCGCUGUUGGAUUUCGACCGCAGGACACCCGCAGGAGAGAGAGAACGGGAAGUCAGAAAGGAAGUGGGACUGGGUGAGUUUGGCACGGACCGCUGUCCAUUAGCAGGUAAACUGGGGUCCAAGGUGCGCACUGAGCCGCCUAUGAUACCAACAACGCGGAUGGAAAGAACUUUAAUGUGGAACCCUCACAGAGUUUUGCAACGCAGGCUCAGAGUAGAGACAGACUGGCAGUUUAUAUUAUAACUUCAUUGGAGGCCAAAGAGACAGAAGGGAGAGCUUCCGCUCGGCGAGUCAUUCUAAGGUAAAUAGGUAGAAGCCGGAGCCUGACAGGUAGAGCUGAGCUUUCAGGAACAGUUUGGUACUCCGGAGGAGAGAGAGAGAGAGUGUGUCUAAGAGAGAGAAAGAGAAAGGGGGGCAAAGAAGAUGUCCAGAGAGGUCCAGAGCAUUUCAGAGUUGGAGCUCAGUCCCGGCAUCUCGGACGACAGUCGCUCCCUGUCCCCGGGUCAUUCCUCCAGCGCGGCAGAUGGAAUCGACUCGCCUCUCGGCGGGCAGGAGCCGCAGCUGACGGCUCUGGACGAGGCCUCGGCGGGCUGCUCCUCCGUCAGGUCCGACGACGAGGACGAGCGCUUCCCCGCCGGCAUCCGCGAGGCGGUGAGUCAGGUGCUCAACUGCUACGACUGGACCAUCGUGCCGAUGCCCGUGCGCGUGAGCGCCGGAAGCAAGAGCAAGUCGCACGUGAAGAGGCCAAUGAACGCCUUCAUGGUGUGGGCGCAGGCCGCGCGGAGGAAACUGGCCGACCAGCAUCCCCACCUGCACAACGCGGAGCUCAGCAAGACCCUGGGGAAGCUGUGGAGGCUUCUCAAUGAGAGUGACAAGCGACCGUUCAUCGAGGAGGCCGAGAGGCUGAGGAAGCAGCACAAGAAGGAUUACCCGGACUACAAAUACCAGCCGCGACGCCGCAAAAACGGGAAGCACGGCUCCGGGUCAGGAAGUGAGGCCGAUGGCCAUUUGGAGGGUCAGAGCCACAGUCCUCCCACACCUCCCACCACUCCCAAGACCGAACUUCAGUCUGGAAAGACAGGAGAUGGUAAGAGGGAGGGAGCUGGGAAUGGUGGCACACGGGGGACAACGGGAGCAGAAGGCGUUCCUGGAUCUGGCAAACCUCACAUUGACUUUGGUAAUGUGGACAUCGGUGAGAUAAGCCAUGAGGUGAUGGCCAACAUGGAGCCGUUUGAUGUCAAUGAGUUUGACCAGUACCUUCCCCCCAACGGGCAUCCAGGGGUUGGUGCAGCAGCAGGAGGAGCUGCAGCAGCCUCUCUGGCCUCUCCGUUUGCCUACGGCAUUUCGUCGGCUUUGGCUGCAGCCGGCGGUCACUCCGCAGCUUGGCUCUCCAAGCAGCAGCAGCCGCAGCAACAUCACAGCUCCCCGCUGGGCUCAGAUCCAUACAAGGCGCAGAUUAAGAGCGAGGCCGAAGGUUCUGGGUCUCACUUUGCGGAAGCAGCCUCAGCAGGUGCCCACGUCACCUACACGCCGCUCAGCCUUCCCCACUACAGCUCUGCUUUCCCCACGUUGGCCUCAAGGGCUCAGUUUGCGGAAUAUGCCGACCACCAGCCUUCGGGGACGUACUACGGCCACUCCGGCCAGGCUUCGGGGUUGUACUCUGCCUUCUCUUACAUGGGGCCUUCGCAGAGGCCUCUUUACACCGCCAUCACUGACCCAACUAGUGCAUCGCAGUCGCACAGCCCCACGCACUGGGAGCAGCCCGUCUACACAACAUUAUCGCGGCCAUGACAGACGGCCAGAGCAGAACGCGCCGGUGCAGGUUCUGCCCCAGUGUCAGACCAAAGCAGUUUGCUACGUCAGAGAUGGAGGUGCUCUGGUCUGGGGAGGGAGUGGGC